AUGUCGGCAUCGAUACCCCAGUCAGAGCACGACCGCACGGUUGCGCAUGUGAACAAGGACCACGCCGAGGAUUUGUCCCUGUAUCUGCGCCACUUCAACGGCCUGUCCAUAAAAGACGCCGCCGACGCCGAGCUCGUGUCGCUGGACCUGGACCGCAUGCUCAUCCGCGCGGGACCCUCGCGCGCACUACACAAGGUCUCCUACUCGCCACCCCUGACCGACUGGGCGGACAGACGCGCCGUCCUGGUCGACAUGUCACGCACCGCCCGCGACGCCUCGUCCGGAGGCGCCCCGCCCCCGGACCCCGACCUGUCUCACGCCGACCCGGCCUCGCUGAUCCGCGCGCCCACCCUCGUCCCGGACGCGCCGGUCUACGGGCUCGUCAUCUUCCUGUUCGCCAGCGCCGCCGCCUGCCACCUAGGCUACGUCGAGCCCGGCACCAGCCUCUGGUCCAGCCCGCUGCUGGCCGCGUUCCCCGCUGGACCGGCCGGCUUUGUGCGCACCAUCAGGGCCGUCGUGGGGUUGAUCCUGGCCGUACACUUGGCAGAGGUCGCCUUCAUGGUCACCCGCCUGCGCAAGUACCGCAUGCCCCUGCUGUCGUCGGCCGGUCUGUUUUGGACCUUUUCCAUCUUGAUCGACGGCGUCUUUGGCUUUAUGAGGUUCAACAAGAUGAUCAAGGAGAAGAGGCUAGAGGCCGCCAGCAAGGCUGGGAAGAAGAACUGA